GCGCACUACGACAACUCUGCGCUGUUGGUUGUUCCUUCGCGAUGCAAACUUUUGAUCGUAGUACAUACUGCAGAGUAUUUCAACGUGGCCCUUGAUAGAAGCUAACACUCCGUCAUCACCGGAGUAAACAUCGUUCAGCAAAAGUGAGCACUGUGUAUCCUGCGCAUGCACUUAAGUCCCACAGCCCUCUGUCGGCUGAGCCAACAGCUAUGUUCACUGCUGCACAUCUACUAUUGGACCGUGUAAACUUCUCUUUGCCCGGACGACGAUGGCAAUUGUGUGAAUUUGAUAGCCUGUGGAUCGUCCCUACCUUCAUCAAGCACGAUGCACAAGACGCGUUAACUGCUCGCUGGACAAAAGCUUUUCCCUUCUUUCAACCCCAAUCGUUGGCCGAAUUGGCCGGCGAUAUCAUCUCCGACACUUUGCAACAACUCCCAGAUAUCGAGAGCACGAAAUGGACUGUUGUCGAUUUUGGAUCAGGGCGAGGCGGUCCAGUACCAAUCAUCGAAACUCUCACCAACCACUGUCGUCCGCUAUCACGACGCGCAAUAGAAUUUCGUCUUUCUGAUAUUAAGCCAGAUCUGGAUGCCUGGAUGAAACACGCGUCGCAGUCGCAUCAUCUCUCUUUUGUGCCUCAACCUGUGGACGCUGCGAAUCCGGGGUUUCCGGUUAUCAGCUCAACAACACCAGGAGACAAGCAAGCUGCAUUGCGCAAAGGUUUCAGCUCGGAUGGAAGCAAGAACUUCCGGCUUUACUGCGAGACUUUCCAUCAAUUCGACGAUCGCAUGGCGCUGAAAGUGAUUGAGAGCACUCUCCAGACGAGUGAUGCUUUUGCUAUUGUUGACACAAGAGAGCGCCGCAUUCUCAGCAUCCUGGCGGUGCUCUUCGAAACCAUUGUGACCUUACUGUGUUCAGUCUUCUGGUUCUCGGACGAUCCCACACAUCUUGUCUUCACCUACAUGGUCCCUCUUCUACCCUUCAUUCAAUACCUCGAUGGCAUUGUCGGAUGCCUUCGUCGAAGGUCGUUUGAGGAGAUGUUGCGCCUGUUCGCAGCAGCAUCGGGUCACAAAGCUGUGCUUCGGGAAGGCGGUGGCCGACCAACGUUUGCAUGCGGUGAAUGGUCAUUUCGCGAGGAACGCCAUCUGCAUACUUGGCCACUUGGGUACAUGCAAGUCGUGAUUGGGACAAAACAGCCCGAGACGUCCGCGUAAACGACUCGCUGCAGCGAUGAAUGGGACGAGGAUACAUCAUAAUCCGGACCUAUGAAAAUCCCUGAUCACAUGCCAAAGCUAUCCAAAAUGGACGUGCAAAUUUGAGCAGAACCUUGGAAUGCUUUGCUAUCCCUACGAAGCCCAUUCUUUGCGCAUUUCUAACCGACUUGUGCUGGAUCGAGGGCGUUGUGUUGAUGAAUCUUGUGAAUCAGAUUCAAUCCACCUUCCCAUCUACGAGUCUUGGCAGAUUGU